AUGGAGAGAGCCAGGCGGGAGCCGCCGCCUCAGCCACGCCAACUGCCACGGGCCACCCCGCCGCGUCCACUGCGCCCCGCUCCGCCCCAGCCACCGGUCGAGGGCACCCCCUUUCGGGCAGCGGCCGCGGAGCCCCCAUUGUCGCCUUCAGCCCCGUGCGCGGCCGCCAUUGCGACCCUGUCCUCGCCGUGCGGGGAGGCACCGGCGUCGAGCGGACAGCCCUCAGCAAGGCGGCUGUUAAAGGUGAAGUCGGAGCAGGUGCUGCUGCUGCCGCCAGGGCCACCACUGCCCCAGGCCCAGGACGAAGACGCCAACGUAUCGCCCGCGCAGGCGCGGCUGCUGCAGCUCAGGCCAGAACUACUGCUACUGCCUCCGCCACCACCCUCAUCUGAGGGCGCCCCCUGCAGGCCCGAGUUGCACACGUUGCAGCCCAGGGCGCUGCAGGUCAAGGUGGAGAAGCAGGAUCUCGGGCCGGACUUGGAUCCCUCCGUGGGGCCUCGGAGGGCAGUCGAGGUGGGCCCGAGGACCUCCAGGGCGGCCAAGGCGGAAGGCCCUGGGUCGGCCCUGGAGGGUCGCCGAGGGGACCGGAAGAAGGGCAAGUUGGAGGCCGAGGAGGUAAUGAAGGACGCGGAGAAAGUCUGGGAAGGCAAAAGUCUGACGGCCAUCAGAGAAGGAAUCAUCAAAACAGAGGAGCCUGAGAAACUCCACGAGGACUGCAGGCUUGACAGGGAGCCCGCGUCUAAUGGGCUGCUCCAUGGCAGCAAGGAGGUCUUCCUGGCUCAACCGUCCAGCGCCUUUGGGCCGCACCAGCAAGACCUUAGGAUCCCUUUGACUGUCCACACUGUCUCACCUGGGGCCCAGAUCCAAUUCCAGGGACCUCCACCUUCAGAGCUGAUACGAUUGACCAAGGUCCCCUUGACACCAGUGCCUCUUAAAAUGCAAUCCUUACUGGAGCCUUCUGUAAAAAUUGAAACCAAAGAUGUCCCGCUCACCGUGCUUCCCUCAGAUGCAGGAAUACCAGAUACUCCCUUCAGUAAGGACAGAAAUGGUCAUGUGAAGCGACCCAUGAAUGCAUUUAUGGUUUGGGCGAGGAUCCACCGGCCAGCACUAGCCAAAGCUAACCCAGCAGCCAACAACGCAGAAAUCAGUGUCCAGCUCGGGUUGGAGUGGAACAAACUUAGUGAAGAACAAAAGAAACCUUAUUACGAUGAAGCACAGAAGAUUAAAGAAAAGCACAGAGAGGAAUUUCCUGGUUGGGUUUAUCAGCCUCGGCCAGGGAAGCGAAAACGCUUCCCUCUGAGUGUUUCCAAUGUGUUUUCUGGUACCACACAGAAUAUCACCUCUGCAAGCCCUGCAACCAUUUAUCCUUAUCGCUCACCUACCUACUCGGUGGUAAUUCCAAGCCUGCAGAACACCAUCAUUCAUCCAGUUGGUGAAGCCCCGCCUGCCAUCCAGCUGCCCACACCUGCAGUCCAGCGCCUAAGUCCCAUCACGAUUUUUCAGCCCACCGUUUCCAGCACCGCUCAGGUGGCCGUCCAGGCUCCGAGUCUGCCCCUGCGCCCAGCACUCCCACCCCAGUGCUUUGCUGGGCCCUCCCAAACGGACGCUCAUCAGCUGCCGUCGGAAGCCAAUCACUCUGUAAAGAGACCCACGCCUGUGUCUCCUGAGAGCACCAGCAGGCUUUCAAGUAGUGCAAGUACUGCCCACGCCAGAUUUGCAGCCUCCACCGUCCAGCCCCCUAAGGAGUACCCCAGCGUUUCUGCCUGCCCCAGAAGUGCGCCAAUCCCCCAGGCUCCUCCUCUUCCACACUCACACGUCUACCAGCCCCCUCCCCUUGGUCAUCCAGCCACACUAUUUGGGACACCGCCACGAUUUUCUUUUCAUCAUCCUUACUUCCUACCUGGACCACACUACUUCCCAUCAAGCACGUGCCCUUAUAGUCGGCCUCCCUUUGGCUAUGGAAAUUUUCCAAGUUCAAUGCCAGAAUGCCUUGGCUAUUAUGAAGACAGGUACCAAAAACAUGAGGCUAUGUUUUCAGCUUUAAACAGAGACUAUUCUUUCAGAGACUACGCAGAUGAACGCGCACACAGCGAAGACUCUCGCAGCUGUGAGAGCGUGGACGGGGCCCCUUACUACGCCGGCCACAGCCACGGCGGGGAGGAGUACCUCACCCUCGUGCCGCAGCUGGACAUCGGCGUCCUGGAGAACGUCCUGACGGUCCCCACCUCCACCCCCUCCAGCGUCCAGCAAGUCAACGUCACGGACAGUGAUGAGGAGAAAGAAGAAAAAGUGCUCAGGAAUUUAUAA